AAUUAAUGCCUCGGCAUAAGCAAAAUCUCAAUCCCUUUCAUUUUCGGAAAAAGUAAAACCCUUAGCAGUAUCAGCAAAGCCUCUUGAGCAACCAUGGCCACCGCGCUACUCACGAGAUUCCUCAGCCGCACAACCCCCAGGACCACCACCCGUUUGAUCUUCUCCUCGUCUCCCUCCUCCUUCCCCCAGAACUCGGAUGAAGACCCAGCAAAGAUAAUUGCAAUCCGAGACUACAAUGAGGAGCAACCAAGAAGGAUCCAUCAAAUAGCCCAUCCACUCCAAACUGGAGGUCCAGAAGAGGCCAUCAUAAACCUUGUAAGCCCGAUCGGUUGGUACCUUAGGCUGUGCAUGCCGGGGGUUGCAGAAGAUGGCUUCAAGGCUUGGGUGGAUAAGGAUAGCAACACCCUUUUCUACAAAGGGUAUGGCGAGAUUGAGGAUGAUUCUGAGACUUCUGGCAGGAAUUACGGGGGCAACAUAGAAUUUGAACCCAGUCUUUUCAAGGUUGAGGAGAUUCAGCCCAAGAUGAGGCAUGGGAUAUUGAGGAUUCUCGUGCUAGGUCAGCAUCAACCUGGAUCUAAAUAUUACCGGGGUUAAACCCAGUUGGAUUGUGCCUUCUGCUCUUCGAUUCCAGCUAUGUUUAGCUACUUUUGUGAUGAUUACUGGGGUCAUCUUUUGGAUAUUAGUGUAAAAUUGAUGAUGGAUCAUGAUGAUGGCUUGGUCUAUCAAUUCUUGUCUAGAGUACUUGACAUAUGAGGAGUAAGUAUCAUGUAGUCUUGAUGAUGGUGUAUCAGACAAAACAACAAGAGGCAUUAAG